UUGGCGUUCUUGGAUGACAUCAUGCUUCAUCCAGUGUUUGAUUGAUUUGUUAUUUAUAUUAUUAGAAAGCUUUUAUGUGUGUGGGUUUUUUCUCUUCUCUACGUGAUUUGAGCUUCUUUAGCUCUCUGCCGUUUUAUAUAGUGCAGUGUUUGUUAUAACAUUUUUAUAAUAUUAUUAAUCGUAGUGAUCGUAAUGCGUUAAAAUACCGGUUAAUUGCACAAAAGUUUGACGUAAAGCUCAGUGAUAUUUUUAUGUGAUUUUAAUUAAUAAUACUUGAUUGUUUAUUAAAUCUUUACCUCAUCUAUCUACUAUCUUUUAUCGUACUUCUUCAACAAUGGCUAAUCAUGAAGAGGAUAAAAGUGAAGGUUCUGCCGAGAUGGAAGUCGAAAACGAGAGAGAAGAAUCAGAGGAACCAGACAAAAUAUUAAUUAUAGAUCCUGAUAGCGAAGAACUAGAUUUCAACCAUUCAAGAUUAACCAAAUUGGAAAAUUUAGAACCACUGACGCAAAUACGCAGAUUAUGCUUUACGUGGAAUCUUAUAAAGAAAAUAGAAAAUCUCGAUAUGCUUACUACUUUGGUGGAAUUAGAAUUGAGAGAUAAUCAAAUUAUAAAUAUAGAAAAUUUGGAUGCUCUUGUGAAUUUGGAACUUUUGGAUUUAUCAUUUAAUCGUAUCAAAAAGAUAGAAGGAUUAAGCAAUUUAUUAAAUCUGCAAAAGCUGUUUUUGUCAUCCAAUAAAAUUUUACAUAUUGAAAAUGUCUCACACUUAACAAAUCUCACAACACUGGAAUUAGGUGAUAACAAAAUACGUGAAAUUGAAAAUCUGGAAGGUCUUCAAAAGUUGACUAAUUUGUAUCUUGGUAAAAACAAAAUUACCAAAAUCCAAAAUCUGGAAAGUUUGGAAAACCUCACAUUAUUAAGUCUACAAAGUAAUCGGAUUACAAAGAUUGAGAAUAUUGAAGAAUUAAAGAAAUUGGAUCAAUUAUACUUAUCUGAAAAUGGUAUAACAUGUAUAGAAGGCAUAGAAAAUUGUUCAGGAUUAACAACAUUGGAUCUAGCCAACAAUAAAAUAAAAAAAAUUCAAAAUAUGAACCAUCUUGAAAAUCUUGAAGAAUUUUGGAUGAACAAUAAUGAAAUUGAAGACUGGAAUACAUUGGAAAAUUUAAGAGUCAAUAAAAAAUUACAAACUGUGUAUCUGGAGCAUAAUCCUAUUGCUAAGGAUCCAAAUUACAGAAGAAAAAUUAUGUUAUUAUUGCCAUGGCUCGAACAGUUAGAUGCAACUCUUUGUAAGAGAAAAACUGGCCAACAGUGGAAAGAAUAACAAUAAGUAAAAUACAGCAGAAAGUGCGACUAACAAAAUAGCAUAAAUUAUAUUUACUAAGGAUACAUGUGAUGGAAUUCAAACCGCAUUGUUGUUAUCUUCUUUUAUAAUUCCUGAUAUAUGUCUUUUCGUAGAGAUUUUGCCAUUUAAGAUUAAUGAUAAUGCUUAUAUAUUAAAAAUAUGCUCGAUGUUACAUCACUAUAAAAUUAUUCAAUACUGAAAUUUAUUUUCAUUUAUAUACUUUACUUUUAAAAUAUCUUUUUCAUUGGAAAAUGUGAAAAAUAGUCGAUCCUUAUGAUCAAAAUAUCUAUCAAACAACCAUCCUAAUAUAAAAUUUUUGCUUAAUUU